GGCAAUACCAAGUUAGUGCAGAAAAAAAGAGACAAGGAAUCUUGGGGGGAUUGAAAUCAGAGAAGGUAAUAAAGAAAAUGGGUAGGAAAAGCAGUAUGGCCAUGGCUGCAGUUUUUGUAGUUUUGGCUUCAACCCUAACCACGUAUGCUUCUACAACUUACACUGUAGGAGACUCCACUGGUUGGCAAGUCCCUACCAGUAAUUCUAAUUUAUACGAUGACUGGGCUGACAAUAAAACCUUCGUUGUCGGGGAUGAUCUCUUGUUCAACUUUAUUACUGGGGAACAUGAUGUUGCAGAGGUGACCGAACCUGGUUACGACGCCUGUACCAACACCGACACCAUCUCAACCGACAACAAAGGACCCGUAAAAAUUACGCUUAAAAGGACUGGUGACCACUACUUCAUUUGCACUUACGCUGGUCAUUGUCCCGCCGGCCAAAAGCUUAAGGUCCAAGUCCGAAGUGAAGCCGGCGACACUACGCCUGGAGUUCUUAGUCCUCCCCGCAACGCAGCUUCUUCCCUUGUUGUCACCAUCUCUCUUGUCUUUGUUUCCAUUGCCACCUUUGUUUUGUUGUGCUGAUACUAUAUUAUGUUAACCCUUUUUCAGUUCAAACAAACACUUUGUAUAACAAAAAGAUUUCCGUA